GUGUACCACGAACUCCUCGACAAGGAUGCCCGCAUGACGGAGGCUUUGAUGCAGUUCGACAAGGACGGGGACGGCCUAGUCGACACGGCAGAGAUGAUCGCGGCCAUGGACGGGCUGGACACGAGCCUGUCCAAGGCGCAGCGGGACCUGCUGGUGCACGCCGUCUUCCAGGAUGAGCGCGGGGGCAUCCCGGUCGGGGCCUUCUUCUCGCGGCUGUCCGUAGUCUUCAGACACGCGGCUGUGGCCCUGCAGCCCUCGGCGGCCCUGCAGCAGGACCGCCUCCUUGACGAGGCGCUGCAGAAGAUCUCCUCCGUCGUGUCGGCAGCGCCGCUGUCGCGGAGCCCCUCCAGUCCGGAGGGAGCCUUCUCGCCGUCCAGGCGGGCGCACACCGUCAG